UUUUAAAUUACCAGGUUGACGUCGUUAAAAUAUCGAUAGAUCCGAAGUGCGUCAGCUGUUGAGCUCUAAAUAAUUAUUUUUUAUUUUUAUGGCUAUUAUUAUUGAAUUAAUAGGGAAAAUUCAAUUUAAACUGUGGUAUAUUCUCGAAAUAAUAUGAGCUGGUGUAUGGAGAGAAAAAUAUUGUCAGAAUAUACCAGCAGUAAAAAUUUAAACCAGGAUUUUAAAACGUAAUGAUACGCUGUAUAGCCGAUUUAGCUGCACAGUUUCCUCAUUGGAUCGUCAAAAUGGCGGUUGUAUGUCAUUGAAGUAUAUUCUUUUAAAAUUUGUCGCAUCUCAGGUUACCUUAACGAAAAUCGUUGAAACCCGGGUCUCAUACAUCGUCAAUUCUGGCUCACGGAUACGUUCCAAAAUCUCUUAAGAGAUUUUCAUCACUACAAUUCAGUUUCUGAUCAGCGAGGCCCUCGGAGAUUUAGCGAGUGUGCAAACAAUAAUCAAUUGUGUAUAGUUACCGAUUAGAUGGUCCAUCGCAACCCCUGACUUCCGAGUGGUGGAGUAGGGCCGAGGGCGUGUAAAUAAGGUAAGCAUCGAUGAUUAAAUAGCAUUAGUGUGGAGCAGGUAGAGAGAAGUUGUAGCAGUGGUAGCAGUAGCAACAGCGUAGCUAGAGGUAGAGCUAAAGUCAGAGGUAGAGGUAGAGGCAGAGGCAGAGGCAGGCAUCAGCAGAAGCAUUGAAGGCACCAGAGUAAGUGACGUGAUUGAAGUUUGUGGUGGGGCCGGAGGUGCCAGCGGAGGUGAUGGAGGUGCUGGUGAUAUGAGGAAAGAGAGGAAAGUCCUCUGGACGAGGAGAGCACAACCGAACCGGCACGGUAUAGGAUUUAACAAGCUGGAGAAGGGUGGUCUAUGACGUCACGUUGCUAAAGCGACGCGGCAGCACUGAGCGUCUGCGUAAAUCCUACACUGGGUGUCUCUGGGCCGAGAGAUCAAUAGUGUAACCAGCAACCAGGUAGUCAGUGUGAAUUGCUUUCGAGCUCUCGACAACGCCAGUCCAGGAUACGAAUCCCCCGAGAUAGGACGUUUGCUAACUGACCAAGCGAGUAAUAUCGGAGGGCGCCAUGUCACCAUCGCCACGCCGUUCCGCCGUGAUUGCCUAGGAUUUUCAUUAUCUCCAGGCCGCCGCAAUGUGGCCUGGAGUGCUACCUCUGGUAGUAUUACUGAUAUUCCUGGUGCAUCCGUCAAGAUGCUCACCGGGAAAGGUCAACUACCGGGAGAAGGAGAAGGAAGUCCUGGACGACAUUCUCGGGGAGAAAAAAUACGACGCUCGUAUUCGACCGAGUGGAGAGAAUGGAACAGAUGGACCUGCAUAUGUCCAAGUCAACAUAUUUGUUCGAAGUAUCUCAAAAAUAGAUGACGUAACUAUGGAAUAUUCAGUACAAUUGACGUUUCGAGAACAAUGGCUGGAUGAGCGGCUCAAGUUCAAUGAUUUCGGGGGGCGAUUAAAAUAUUUAACAUUGACGGAAUCGACGCGAGUGUGGAUGCCGGAUCUUUUUUUUUCAAACGAAAAGGAAGGACAUUUUCAUGAAAUCAUUAUGCCAAAUGUAUAUAUUCGAAUAUUUCCUCAUGGCUCGGUACUCUACAGUAUACGAAUAUCUUUGACUCUGUCGUGUCCGAUGAACUUGAAGCUCUAUCCGCUAGAUCGGCAAACUUGCUCAUUACGAAUGGCCAGUUAUGGUUGGACGACUGACGAUUUAGUAUUUGUUUGGAAAGAGGGCGAUCCCGUCCAGGUGGUGAAAAAUUUACACCUUCCACGAUUCACUCUGGAAAAAUAUCUCACUGACUACUGUAACAGUAAAACAAAUACAGGCGAAUACAGUUGCCUAAAAGUGGAUUUACUUUUUAAACGUGAAUUCAGUUACUAUCUAAUACAAAUUUAUAUACCAUGUUGUAUGUUAGUUAUUGUCUCGUGGGUGUCUUUUUGGCUAGAUCAAAGCGCCGUACCAGCUCGAGUGUCACUUGGAGUGACAACAUUACUGACAAUGGCCACACAAACGUCUGGAAUAAACGCUUCACUGCCACCAGUCUCCUACACAAAGGCCAUCGACGUAUGGACAGGAGUGUGCCUGACCUUUGUAUUCGGUGCGCUGCUAGAGUUUGCACUGGUUAAUUAUGCCUCGCGGAGUGACAUGCACCGAGAGAACAUGAAAAAAAAAUACCGUGAAAUAGAGCACUCGUCAUCCGUCGAUCCAUCGACCGAGCUCCUUGAACCCGACGGCUCCACCAAUUUCCAAAUGAAGCCUCUCGUCCGACACACGGAGGAUUCAAUGACAAUGGAUAAGGUCCGACAGUGCGAAGUACACAUGAUGCAACCGCCGAAAAAAAACUGCUGCAGGUCGUGGCUGUCCAAGUUCCCGACGAGAUCCAAGCGCAUCGACGUCAUCUCACGGAUCACUUUUCCCCUCGUAUUCGCUCUGUUCAACCUCGCGUACUGGUCCACGUACCUGUUUCGGGAGGAAGCGGAGAACGAAUGAAUGGUAGCAACAUCACAACAGCUACACCACCAUCAACCAACGAGGAAACGUUUGGAACAAGAGACGUGGCUCGCGGCCAUCUCUACCAAUAUUCUCACUCAUCGAGACACCAUCAUCACCACUCGCGUUCACGCUCCCAUUCGCGCAAUACUAUCACGAGUAAUCAUCAUUCUCACCAUGUCUAUCCGCACAUAAACAACAACCACCACCAGCACCAUCAUCAGACCUACAGUAGACAGCGGCAGCAUCGUCGUCAUCAGCAUCCGCCGCAGUCGCCGACUUCGUCAACUCAAACAGAGGAGGGAGAGACCACCACUCACGGUUCUCCAGGAGUCCUGUCCAUAAAUUCUCGGAUGCCAACUUCUUCUCGAGGUUCCUCAUCGCCAGCGUCGUCGCGCAUGGAGACACCCUCUCCGUCGACGUCCAUGCUCACCACCGCCGGGACUAAGACAAACCUAAACUCGUCAGCUGGAAACAGUUCUUCGAGACUGCUCCGGAGAUUUUCACGACUGAGCCGGGAAUCCUGCACCAACUACUUCAGAAAUCUCUUCACCUGUCAUACCCAGGGCAGCGCGAGAAUUGACGUUAUCUCACGCUUUGCUUUCCCCUUCAUGUUUGUCGUAUUCAACUUUGCUUACUGGUCCAUGUACCUCUUUCGGGAGGAAGACACUACCAAAAUGAAUUGAUGUGUGACUUUGAGUAAUGUACGUAAAUUUAUACUAAAAAAUAAAACGUUAAUUUAAAAUUACAAAAAAAAAAAUGAGAUUUAACUGAUCAAGUUGAUAUGUAGUGGAUAGUUAAAGGUGUGAGAAAUGGGAAUUUAAUAAUAUCUAAUGUUGAUUACGCUCAGCAUGGUCAUUUCCAUAUUAUAUAAUAAUAUUUAAAUCAUCAUGAUAUCGUUCAUUAAAUUUAUAAGCAACUCAAUCUAUCAGUCAUUUAUCUUAAUACGAUAUACGAUUUUAAUAAAAAAUUAUCGAUAAUAAAUAAAUUUAAAAUCAAGAUUAUAAAAUAAAUAUUAAAUGUACGAUGCUGAGUCGUGACCAAUAGAUUGCUCAACGAUAUUAUAAAAAAUAAUAAAAUAAAUAAAAAAAGUUUAAUUACGGAGAAAAAAUAAAAUAAAUAAUUUAUUAAUUCCGGGAACAUUUCUCUGUAAGCACAAACGAAUUUUGGGCGUGAACGACUAAAUCAUCAAGUGCGAAUGUAUUAGUAAAACAUAUUAUUAUUAUUUAUAAUUAUUAUUGUUAUUAUUAUAAUUAUAAUUAAUGAGGAGAGACCGCGCGCCACGAAGUGACAAAAGUAGUGGAUCUUGCAUAGCCACGGCCUUUUUAUGCCUUGGUGCAUCUAUAUUUAUAAGUAUUAUAUAUCUAUAAAUAUAUAUAUAAAUAUAAAUAUAUAUAAAUAAUAUAAAUAUAUCGAAAAAAAAGUAAACUUGUUAUAAACAGUCAGUGAUUCCUUUAUAUUAUUAAAAUAAUGUGUGAAACUUUGUAGCCUUGUGAUUUAUUGUCUCGUUCUGUACAUUCUUUUCAAACGGCCCUUUUGUGCGCGUUUAUUAGCUAAUUGUUUAUCUGAUGUAAACAUUAAACAUGCAAUUUGCUAAUUACCCUAGCAGAUCCGAGUCACGGUAAAUUGCCGCAUUUUACCGCAGAAUCUACUGCAAAGUUGCCGCAUUUUACGGUAAUUUGCGACAACUUACCAUAAAAGAUGACAAUUUAUCACAAUUGGUGGCAUUUUUACCAUAACACAUCGGUAAAGUACCGCAGGUUGCCGCAAAUUUAUGAUGAAUCGUACCUUUACCGUAAAAUAUCGGAACUAAUCGUAAAAUACCGUGAUUCGAAUCCGUCAGGGAUACAACACACAAGUAUAAACGAGAUAGUUGCUCAGAGGCUGAAAGUUUCUUAUAGAAAAUCCGUAUGAUAAUUAUAUGAAUCAAAAAAAAAAAUAAAUAAAUAAAUAAAAAUAAAUACUAUAGUGUGUACCAAGUGAUACAUUUUCAUUUACAUGCUACUAUAACGUAAGACAAUUUAUAAUAAGAUAAUAAAUAAAUUGACGAAUGAAAAUCGGUGGAAAAAAAUAUUAUUACAAAGAAAAAAAAGGGUAACUAACAGAUUGAUUGUCGUUGUACAAACGUUAUUACUUAUUGCGAACGACGAUUUGUAAUUUAAAAAAAAAGUAAGAAAAAUAAAAAAAAAAUUAAUUUAAGCUUUUCAAAAUUAAAAUAAAACCUGUCGCCGGCGACCACAAAUACCGGUAGUGUGACAAAUAUAUUCUGCAGUCAAUAUCGAGGAUCGUGUAUAUUAAUUAAAAAAAAAAAAUAAUAAUAAUAAAAUAAACUAAUAAUAAAUAAAAUAAAUAAUAAAACGUAUCGGUUGUUUGCCAGUAAAUAACUAGUAUAAUAAAUAAAAAAAAACAAACAAGACACGAAUUUAUAUAAUUAUCAUUGCAUUAAAGGGGGCAGGGUAACGAAUUAAUAAAUUCAUCCAUAUAUUUAUUUAUAAUGAUAAUAAAUUUAAAAUAAUUAAACGAGCGACGAUUAUUAAUUUUUUUCCUUUUUUUUAAAUUUGAAAGUGAUCGACCUCGAUAGAAAAUAAUGAAAUGAUUUAUUAACGUUGAAAAACAGUAAAUAAAUAAAAGCGAGGGCAUAAACACGUUGGAAAGUAAUGUAAUAUUUCGACGAUAAAUAUUAGCUGGAGAAAAAAAAUAAAUGAAUUUAAAAAAACAAUAAAACUUUAGAUUAACCACCAUUAGUUAUUUAAUAGUUGCACUUAUUACAUUAUAGACAUUGUAACUCAUCCCAUAUAAUAUAUAUUAUAUAUAUAUGCAUACAUAUACCAGAUAUAAACCAUUCGAAAUUAAAUAUCACCCCUUAGCCCCGCCACUACCCUAUCCAUCCAAGUGUAAAUAAUAAUUAUCAAUUGCAGAGGAUCCCAUCAGUUAAAAUCAAUAACACACGACUACAGAUACACAAUACACACAUAAAUAUACAUAUAUAUUUAUUCAAAAUGAAUACAUACAUGCAGACACGUCAUUGCCAUAUCUCUAUAAUUAAUAGAGUCGGCGAGUUUCAUCAGACAAAUUAAUCAAAUGGAAAGUAUACCUACAUAAAUAUAUAUAUACAUACAUACGUACAUACAUACAGACAAAUAAUACAUACAUAGUCUAAAUUUGUUGUAAGCAAUCGUCAGGGGUUGUAAGAGAAAAAAUUCUUUUAAAAAUUUGAAAUCGAGGCUCCCGCCGCCACAUUUUUUAGCUCAAAUUUAAAUUUUACAUGUGGGCGUACACAGAAAAAAAGAAUUUCUCGGUGCAAAAAAUUUUUACCCACCCCAAGAAACUUUUUACUUAACCCAAGGAAUUGAGGUGCGAAAAAAAUUCUUGAGCAAAGAAAUUUUCCCAAGUCCUAAAAAAAUUUUUAUCUUUAAUUCAUAAUCUUGCGCCAAUAAAUCUUUUUUUCUAUGUAUAUCAACGCUCGAGUCACUCGGUAUGGCUGAAGAUUGAAAGGAUAUACCAAAGAUUCAUGAUUAGUUGGGUGCAAAAUAAAUUUAAGUUAAUAAACUUGUAUCGUGUGAUAACGAGCGUCGAGAUAUGAAAUUUGAGCGGGUGAAAAAGUGGAGGAGUUUAAAAGUAAUGAAAACCGGGAAAGGGAAAGUUGCUUAUGACAAACUUGGGCUGUAUAUAAAAGUUUUUAGUACACUGUAAAAAAAACGGGAGUGUAUUCGGAGUGAUUUCAAAUUUUAUUAAAAUUCAAAUUCACUCUGUCACUCAAAGUUACGGAGUUUUAGAAAAAAUUACUCCGCAUAUGGAGUAAAAGGGAGUUUGUUUUUCCAGCAGUGAUCUGAAUUUUAUUUAAAUUCGAUUAGGAGUUUUAAUAUUCAAACUUCCGUUAGGAGUCUAUUCCUUAUUCACUCCAGAUUUAAACCGUAAAUUUUUUACAGUGUAGUAUAUACUGAUGGAGUAUUUGAAUGAAGCAACCAACAAAAAGAUACGACGCUCAUUACACAAAAUUAUUUAAGAGUGAAUUUAUAAAUCUUUUGAUUUAUAAUAAUAAAAUUAAAAUUUUUAAUAAAAUCAGGACGACCCUGUAAAUAGAAAAUAAUAAAUAAUAAUAAUAAAUAAAAGCAGAUGGACGUAAAAUAAAUAACGUUAAUUUAAAUCCUCACUGAAUGGAUUUAUUGAUAAAAUAAAAAAAAAAUAAAAAAACGUAUGAAUUACCAAUAACUCACUGAUUGUAGAUCGUUAGAUCUUAUGUUUGUUUGAAUAUAUAUUAUUUCAUUUG